GUAUAUAAUUGUGAUAUUGUUCUCAAACACAGUCUUCGCAACACAAUUGAUGCCAAAAAUGCAUUUAUUUGUGCACUUAAUGUCAAUUGUGGUGACAAUCGGGACAACCAUUCGCACCACCGAUGCCUACAAUCCGUACGAAGUAUUGAACAUCACUCGUAGCGCUUCCAUACCGGAGAUCAAGAAGUCUUACCGAUUGUUGGCUAAACUAACAUCCGGACAGAAACAAAGA